AUGAUAUUACGGACCGAUGCCUCGAACGCCCUCGUUCCCCUGGCCCUAGGCCUCCUCCAGAUCCACGGUGCCCUGGCCGCCGCUCCACGGUCCCCCAGCAAUCAGUGCAUCGCCGCCUGUCAACUAUGGCUGAACCAGAUCCCCUUCGACGACAUACCAGCCGACACGCCCUACGUCGCUCGGGGUUGUGCUGGCACUCUCGGCCCGACGUCGCUUUUCCUCUGCUCGACCCGAUACUGUCCCGAAGUCGACCUUGUCGAGGGUUUUAGGGCACUAAACGAGACAUGCCAGCGCUUCGGAUCCCACCUCCCAUCAGUUGACCUGAUCGCGGGAUAUACGGACGAGGAACUAGCCAAGAUUCUUAGGCUGCAGCCAGCGGACCAUCCGCCGAAAGGGCCUGUCAAAGAAGUGCUCUUGCCUGCGGGCCCGCUCUUCAGAAAUGCCGUUUACACGCUCAACGCUGUUUCGUACAUACAUAUACGGCACAUAGGCUUCGGGCUUUGCGUCUUUUUCUUUUGGAUAAUAGCCAUCCUUGUUGGCGUGGGCUUCCGCAUUUCCCACAUGUUUCAGGGAUCCGUCUCUGAGAAGGCGGCCUUGGCGAGGAGGAAGCGGACGAAGCUCGAGAAUCGUUGA